AUGUGGCCCACGGCGGGGCGGUGGCCUAAUUUAAAUUACCCCCCUGCCGGCUUCGCGUGUCGCCGGCGGAGCGACCUCUCUGCGGGCGACGGGAGGCGCACACUGCCGCCCUGCCGGCCCUCCGCCGUAAGACUUAAUGCGUUAUUCAUGGCGCAGCCGGCGCGCUGGAAGUAUGCGCGCCGCGGCGCCGGCUCUGGCUGUGGCGCCGCUGCCGGCCGGGCACUUGCUUACAGUCGACGCUCGCAUCUCAUUGGCCAGCGAGGCGUCGCGGCGGCACGGGCGCACCGGCCGCCGGAGACCGACUCUGCCGGAGGCAGCGAGGCGCGUAUCGGCCGCGCCGCUGCGCCCGCCUGCGGUCGCACCGCACUGGUGACAAUGUCAUGGGUUGCCGCCACGCCUCACGGGGAGCGCCGCUCAAGACUCGUCUGGGGAGGCCCCGGCAGUAUCGGUUCUCGCAGACACUACGCAGCAGCUCCCCCGGAAGUGCCAGCGCUGGGGACGGCUGCGGACGGGCCUCCUCUUGUUCGGCCGGCGGCGGCGGAAUGCGAUGCGCCCCCGCGGCCCGCCCCCGCGGCCGCCCCCGCCCCCUGCGCCGUAAUGCACGCCACUUUACGACUUCCUUCCGGAGCCGUCGCGCCGCCAUUGGCUGGCCUUCCCCGAAGGGACGCCGACCUACCACCCGAUCCCAACUGA